AUGUGUUUAGUUCACAUUUCUUUGUUGUGGUGGGAGUAUGUGGUUUCUGUUUUGUCUGCUCGCUGCGGUUACCUCAAGUCUUGGGUGUCUCUGCUAGCAAUCUCUGCUCUUCCCCCUCACUUUGAUCUUUGUUGUUCGCUUUCCUUGUUUCUUUCUUUCCUGCGUCUGGAGUCGCAAGAGGACCUCGUGCGGCCUGGGCUGAGCGUUCUUGUCUCCCGUCGCAUGUCUCUUGGGUCGGUUUGUCGUCUGCGCGUGAGAAGCGCGUUAGCGGGGGCCGGGGGUGACACCUGCGGCUGCUGCCGGUACGCGCGCUUCAGCGCGGCCUCCGCUGGCGGGGUCUCCGGAGGCGCGGCGUCUCCCUCCACACCGAAGGCGGCGGCAUCCGCUGCACCGCCGUCGCCCACCAUUCCACGGCGAUGGAUCGGUGAGUUGGCCGCCCAGGUGCACGAAAAGCUCUGCCUAGACCACUGGCAGGCGGCCAUGCGCCUUCUCUCAGCCUUCCCGCCGGCGCCGCAGGGCGCGGCGGCCGGGACUACUACACCCCGCACCUCGAGCUGCGAAUCACUUAUUGCUGAGUUGCUCUAUCAAGGCCACGGGGAAAGCGCCUUUGCCGUCUGGCGCAUUGCCUCUCCACGUUUCAAUUUUGCCCCCUCGCCGACGACGAUGGUGCGGUUUGCGGUUUACACUUUGCUUGUGGAUCGCAAGCCCCAGGAGGCCCUCGAUCUUGUGGCAAUGGCGACCCUGCCAGCGGAGGACGCAGCCGCCGCCGGGCCGCCGCCGGAACACUUUGCGUUAUGGACGACGGUUGUUGCGGCGCUUGCCUCCUUCGACGACGCGACGGGCUCGCGGAAUCGCAUUGUUCAGGUGGAAGGAGAAGUGGAAACCGCCUUCGUAGGUCUGCUGCGCUUGUCACUCCAGCCGCUGCGGCAAGGAGAGACGCGGUUGGGCGUGGAAAGGCUGCAGCUUGGCCUACACGCUCUCGUGUCCCUGGUGUUGCGUGACGGCGGAAGCGAGGCACUGCAAUCCCUUUGCUCCACAGCGUCCUUCGUGCUGCGUGACGCUCCUUCGCUUGACUCCCUCCUUCGCGUCGUGAAGCUUCUUUGCAUGGAACCGGUUGAGUGCAAGUCGCCUGCUUUCGUCUUCGCUGACGUGCCUUUUCUGGUUGCCCGCGUUCUUCCACUGCCGUUGGUGUGUGCAUCCGAAGCGUCCGCCCCGCUGCUGUCGGGGCUAGAGGUGUACAGGAGUUUCUUUAUUGGCAUGGAUGGGCCUCGACCCUCGGACGGCGGAAACGCAUCUUUUCCUUUUAUUACCGCCACGAACGCUGCUGUGCACACAACGGUGGGAGAUGUGCUGUUACGUCGGCUUCUGCAACUGAAUGUUGAGCCGUCCUUGCUUCUUUGCUCCGUAGUUUUGCACGACAUUAACACGACCAGCACGUCUCUCACGACGCGGCUGCUGGAAUUGUCUCUCAGUCGUGAUUUAUGUGACACGCUAUGCCACAGUUUUGGGCGGCAGUUUGUUUCUGUUGCGAAAAGGCUGGUUCAGGAGGCCUCCUUGCGUGGGGCCCGGCCUAUGCCUCUGCUGGGGUUUGUCUCACGGGCAGUUGGUCCGUUUCUAAGGACGGAUGUGCGGCACUACGAGGCAGCGCCACACACCGCCGUGAAUGGCAGUUGCAUUGGUAGAAGCAUUAUUUUUUAUAUUGCUUUGCUCGCCAACUUGGUGGCGGAGGUGCCGACGGCCGAGGUGACGGAGUGGCGGCGUUUUUUGGCUCACGUGACGCGUAAAGUCGUGAAAGGCACGGACCACGGCUGUCGCGCGGCCAUCUCCCAGGAGCUACGGCUACAGCUCCAUCUGCGGUGGUGGCUGCCGGAGUUGUUGACGCUGGUGGAUCCCACACGUGACUGUCUGUUGUCUGCGGCACUGCAGCAUGCCGUUCCCCCAAGCUCGCUAACUGAGUGGGACCAAACGCUGAGCGCAGUGCUGCGCACGCUGCACAGAAAAGAACACGGCAAUAUGGGCGGCAGCAGACUGUGCUGGGCGUCCUUCGGCAGCGCGGCUGUGCAGGACGAGCUCAACGCCGGCGAGGUCGCGGAGUGCUCGCAUGGUGUUCACCGGCUGCUUGUACGCCGCCUCGUCCGCUGGGAGUGGCUUUUGAAAGCCCUUUGGGAGUUCACCCGUGACACCUGUCAAGCUGGUCGUCACAGCACGUGGAAGCGUCUGCUGGACGUCUGCGCCGAGACGCUAAGUCGCUGCAGGGUGUAUCACCGCCACGACAUCGCGAAGGAGCUCAUAGAAACCCUGCUUCUCCCCGCCGCGCCUUUCCUGCCGCCGGCCGCAGAGCCGUCUACCAAAGGCACUUGGUGUGGCGCGACCCUCAUUGGCCUGCUCAUCCGUGGGCCAAGUGAAAUUUGCGUGACAGACGGUACACUUAUGGAGCCACGCUGGCGCCUUGUGGACGAGGUGUCCCGUUGGAUGCCUGUCUCGCAAGGGUGGGACUGCAUGCGAGACUUGCAGGCGUUGUUGCCGCGUGGCCCACACGACGCGGCGCACCGCUUUCUGUCCCUAGAGCACCUUAUAAUUGAUCUCUCAAGCGGCGAGGGGAGGGAUGCGGUGCCUGGCGCCGGUGAACGGGGGCGGGUGGGUAAGGUUUUUGAAUGGUACGAGGAGGCCUGCCGCGGCGACCUCUCGCUGCGAACGCCACAGCUGCUUCUUCCACUUGCGCGAGCCAUGCGUCGGGCCUCGCUUCCGGAGUCGGUAAGUGAACUGGUGAGGAACACGUUUUGCGAUAUUCGACGCGAGUUUCAGGCCCCGCAGCCUGCCUCGACGUCACGGCUGCUGUUGGAGGCGUUACUCUUUUAUUCUGCGCAGCUUGGCUUGGCCACAGCCCGAACGCGGCUUGGUGUGGGCGCAGACGCCCUGGUGGAGCUCUCCCCCGCCGCCUAUGCCGGCGCCAGGGGCAUGGUCGCCGCCUUUGCGGAGACGUACAUUCUUACCUUGUGGCAGCACGACUGUUUUCCUGCUCUGGACGCGAUAUUACUGAAGCCGGCCGCCCAGAAUGCGGAGCCGACUGAGUCGCCAUCGUCAUCAGCGGCUGUUCCAAAGGCCAUCAUCUGCGAAGACUAUUUUGUCUCGGCCGAGAUUGCCUAUCUUUUACCAGCGGCAGAGCGUGAGGCGUUGCGGUUGUUUUUGCUCCUGGCCUUUGCACAACGCUGCGAUAGUUUCUUGUAUACAUCCGCCUUGGGGCGACUUCCUCGAAGCAAAACCGAUGCUGCAAAAGUGGCCGCGUUUGUGGAUCGCCUUGUAGCACAAGAGCCCUCUCUCUUCGCCGCGCUAGGCGCUGUCGCACAGCGUGUGGCGCAGGGGAAGUGGCGCUUAAGUGAGGCCUGUGCCUCCGUUGCCGCCUCGCAUGCGAAGGCUGAGGCGAAGCAAGAGGCGGUCGACAGCAGAGGCAGGGGCAGAAAUGAGGUGCGUACCAUCCGGGACCUGAAUCGUUGCAUUGAUAACUGCGAUUGGGUGACCGCGUUGCAGGCGACUCCGCACGUCCUUAUCGACCCCCUCCACGUUGCGCGCAAAGCGCUGCUCGCGUGUGAAAAGGCUCCAAAAGGGAUGGCCUGGCAAGGCGCAAUGAGCAUUUUUGCCAACUCGGAGCACGCGUGGAAGCAGCAGUCAUCGGAAAAUUCCCUGGGGCCAUGGCAGGCGGCGGAAUCGUUUCGUUUUCGUGCUUCCAUUGGGAUUCAGGAAUGCGGGCGUAUAAUGAUGAUUUUGGCGGAUGCCAGGCGCUGGCGCGAGGCACUGCAGGUAUUUGAACUGCUUGGUCCCAGCGGAAUGGACGGCUUCACCUUUUCCCAGGCCUGUUUCGCUCUCAGUGCCGGUAGCCACCCAGAAUUGGCCAUAGACUUGUGGGCGACGUGGCGGGCGCAUGUCGGUGACACCGUGGAACCGACGGCGCAGAUGUGCGGGCACUUUCUGCGGUGCGGCGUGGCGGGCAACACAGCGGUGGCAGACGCGGCGUGUGUGCUGCUAAAGCUGGCCCUCCACGCACACGCGUGCCCGGAAGUGAGGAGAAACGCGGCAGGUCCGUCCUCGUCGGCGGCGGCUUGUACGCCAGGGACGGCUCUUCCGCUCUCUCUGGAGGAGGGGGAGGACACAAUCAUCGCUCUCCUCCGCGAUCGCUGGCACGAGAGUUGGCAGGAGGCACUGCGGGUGGCCCUCGUGAGUGAAAGACCCCGCAUCAUUCACGCCGUUGCCCGGAACUCGCCCAGCAACUACCACGUGUACGAGGCCGUUGUGCAGCAGGCCACGCGAGACCGUCGACGCCUGUCGCUGGAGGAGAGAUGCACAAUUGCGGGGCACUUGGACCUGAAGACCGCGUUCGCUGCAAAAGGCAGCUCCGUGGGCGGCGGCGAGGACCGUGCCGCGCGUGUGCUGCAGGAACUCUUGGGCGACGAAGAUGAGGAUUAA